AUGGCUUCGCGGUCUGGAUCCGGCUCUGGCUUCGCCGUCGAUCUCGAGAGGACGCAGCAGUAUCCUGCCUGGAGUCUCCCGUCACCAACGUCGGCAGCAGCAUCACGACCGCCAGCGCCUUCAUCGUCGUCGCCGCCGCUCCCGCUGCCGCUGCCGGUAUCGCAGCGGACGUCCUUUCGCCGCCCAUUUCGGCCUCCUGCGCUGUCUGCUGCGUCGUUGUUCCCAGCGGCCGUGACGGCGUCUGCUCAGAACCCAACGCCUGGCCUCGCUGCGUCGCAGCAGCAACAACAACACCACCAACAACAACAACAACAACAACAACGACAGCAACAACGACAGCAGCAGCAGCAGCAGCAGCAGCAGCAGCAGCAGCAGCAGCAGCAGCAGCACUACGCUCCGUCUUUGUCAUUCCAGUCUCCUCGACCCUCGUCCGCAUCUGCUGCCUCUGCCUCUGCCUCUGCCUCUGCCUCUGUGGCUGUCGCUGCCCCGUCAUCCCCAUCAUUACUAACCCCAUCGCCCGCCACCGCCCACCCGAUUCUGCCGCCGCUGCCUCACUUUUCGCCACUUAUCCGAUAUCCGACUCCGCGACGGCAGCGCCACCCUGUUUUCUCCCCUUCAACACUGGCUUCAGCCUCGGCUCCAGCCUCAGCCUUUCCCUCGCAGCAGCCUGGCCUCGACAGCAUCACCGGCGGCAGCACCAGCAACAGCACCAGCAACAGCACCUGCAACAACAGCGGCAUCGGCAUCGGCUUCAGCAGCAGCGCAUUCGUCAAUCCCUCCGGCCUCUCCACGCUGCAGCCCGACCCCUUCUCGCCGCUCAACUCGCCCUUCGGUCGUCGCCCUGUCUACGGCCCGCAGUCGACGAACCCGUGGUCUGCCUACGCCAGCCAGUCCAACGGAUGGCCGCAGGAUGACGCUGCCCGCAACACCUUCAGUCUGUCUGCCCGAAACCGUGCUCUCAGCGCCUUGGACCGUCUCUUGAGCGAAGCCACGUUUGGGUCAUUCACGCCACCGCAGCCGUCGCUUCAAUCACCCUCGCAGCUGCCGCAGUCCCCAUUCGGUCGCUUCCCUGCGCCCUCUCCAGCCUCUGCCCCGAGCUCGACAACAACGUUCCUUGCAGCGCCCUCACCCUCGACUGCCGCUGCCACUGCCGCGACUUCGGUGCCUCAAAACAGCGCCACGAGACCCAGUCGGAUUAGCUCUGUUGCAAAUACGGCCUUGCCGCCAGGCUCGGAACAAGCCUUCUCUUCGCUCAACACUUCUGGCGGCUUCGGUUUUCAGAACGACAACAGUGAGCUAGAAAGCCUCUUCUGCGACCUUGACGGCUACCCAGGCUUUCCACUGCCGUUCACGAACAUUCCAGGCGCGUCUGAGUCCUCCACUUUUGACACCAUGCCAACGACAUCUGGCCGGCUGCGCAGCCGAGUCGCUCCCGAAACUCACGGCUCGUCGGCUGCUGCCGCACCCUCGCGCAAACGGCGGCGGAUUUCGCCUUCCGCAGCGCCGCCCCCUUCCGCGCAGACAGCUUUGAUCGAUGAUGAGUUUGACGAUAUCGACAGCUUGUUCGGCUCCAGCCCUUCGAGGCCUGCCUCCGCCAAUUCUAAAGUCGAGGAGUACACCACAAUAGAUUUGACCGAGGCCACCGACGUUCCUGAAGAGCUCAAGAAGCCCGAGGUGGACAAGAGAGUCAAGCUGUCUGCGUUCCAAUGCGUUAUCUGCAUGGACGACGUGACGGGACUGACCCUCACACAUUGUGGACAUCUCUUUUGUGCCCAGUGCCUCCACUCCUCGCUCAGCAUGGAACCUACUAGAGGCAAAUGCCCCAUGUGCAGAACCAAGAUCGACAUGAAACCGCGCGCGACGUACUCGUCAAAGACGAAAGGUUACUGGCCGCUGGAACUCAAGUUGAUGACGAGAACACGGCAAGGAAAGCGGAAGGCCCAAGAUCUCGACUGA